CAUUUUUGUCCAGUAAAUAAUUCUGCAUUUUGUUUUUUGCUACUAAGAUGAUCCUAGAUACUUAGUCUUAAUAUUAAAAAAAAGCUUUUAACUCAGGAUUUUUUUCGAUGAAUUUAAAUGCCUUUUCUUUGACGGUCAGCUUUAGGUCAUUGGAUCAUGGGUAUUAUUAAAUUAAAAGAUUUUGUCCUGCUCAUAUGAAUCAUGGCUUUGUUAAGAGAAGAAUAAAAAAAUCUUCCUUGCUCAAAGUGAGAGGUUUAACAUGUAGAAUAGAAACCCACAAAUCCAUUAAAUAAUAUUAACAUUAUUUUCUGAGAGUCCUUUAUUUUCUUGAUUUAGAGCCAUGAGUGAGUUGUCCAAUUUUUGUGUUUGUCUUAGGUAAUUACUCUUAAGAAUAACACUUUCAGUUUCCUUUUUCUUCAGUGGGCAAAACAUGUUCCUUUUGGAGCCCUUCUGUUACAUUUAAGGAUGUCUAGGAGUAACUUUAAACCUAGUCAUCUUGACCUUAAAUAUAUUUUUAAGGGUGUGCAUCCUUUUUGUUACCAGCCUGGAACACCAGAAAAACCUAUUUGAUUUCUUUAAACUCAUUUAUUUCUGGAAUGGCAAAAUCACUGCGUAAGUAUAUGUGUCUGACCACAUAAAGGGAAUUGCACAAGUCAGAUUUGUGACCAUGUAGGAGUGAUCAAAUCACUACAAUUGUGAAUAAAGUAACAAGGUAUUGUGCCCUAAGUGGCCUGAGGUUACUUUAGAUUUAUAUCACUCCAUUACAUUUCAUUGAAGACUUAGUUUAAUACAUAAUCUUUAGUUCUUAGUUUGGGAGUCAUUGCUCUAGAUGCUUUAGAAGUAAUUUCUAAAAAGUAACUUAUCUAAAAGUAUUUGAAAUAGCCCAUGAUUUUUCACUUACCUGUAUCCCUAUCCCAAACCAGCAUAUUACCAGCUCUGUAUGUACUUUUUUUGGAGAGAGCACAAUGAUCCAUGAUAAUCACCUUUAUAUUAUUAGCACCAAGGCAGAGCAAACUACUUAUUUAUAAAAACAAAUUCUAGAUGGAUGAAAGACUUUAGUUGUUAGACUAAGGAGAUAGAUUUCUUUCUAAUAAAUGCCCUAGAAAUGUUAGGAAGCAGUCAGAAUUGGUUUGCAACUUAAUCGAAAUAAAAUUUUUUUUUUCUGAUAACCUCCACUUAUUUUAGUUAUAUUAAACCUAGUAUGGCAGUCUCUGUUGUAGACACCAUAGAUUAUCAUCAUCAUUAUCGUCAAUGUACAUUGAACCACUGUACAAUGUGCAAGGGACUAUGCAAGGCAUGGGGAAACUUAUAAAGCUAUCUGUAGCUUUUGUCCUUAAGGAACAGUGGUGACAGAACCAAGCUACUUGCUUAUGACCUUUCACAAAGCACUUUAACCUUUCUUGACUUCUAUUCUUCAUCUAUAAAAAUCAGAGGAUUGGACUGAUGAUCUUUAAGGUCCAUUCCAGCUAUAAAUUAAUGAUCAUAUGUAUCCUUAAGGAUUGUCUGGUCCCCCAGGUGCUGGGAAAUCAACAUUUAUAGAAUAUUUGGGGAAGAUGCUUACUGGAAAUGGACACAAAGUAUCUGUGUUGGCAGUGGACCCUUCGUCCUCUACAAGUGGUGGUUCACUUUUAGGUGAUAAAACGCGCAUGAUUGAGUUGUCAAAAGACAUGAAUGCAUACAUCAGACCAUCUCCUACUAGAGGAACUUUAGGAGGUGUGACAAGGACUACAAAUGAAGCGAUUCUUCUUUGUGAAGGAGGAGGAUAUGAUAUCAUUCUUAUUGAAACUGUAGGUGUGGGGCAGUCAGAGUUUGCUGUUGCAGACAUGGUUGAUAUGUUUGUUUUAUUACUACCGCCAGCAGGAGGAGAUGAAUUACAGGGCAUCAAACGGGGUAUAAUUGAAAUGGCUGAUCUGGUAGCUGUAACUAAAGCUGAUGGGGACUUGGUUGUGCCAGCUCGAAGGAUACAAGCAGAGUAUGUGAGUGCAUUAAAAUUGCUCCGCAAGCGCUCAAAAGUCUGGAAGCCAAAGGUAGUACGCAUUUCUGCAAAAACUGGAGAAGGAAUCACUGAGAUGUGGGACAGAAUGAAAGAAUUCCAGGAGCUCAUGCUUGCCAGUCAUGAGCUCAUUGCCAGGAGACAGAAGCAGCAGAAAGUCUGGAUGUGGAACCUGAUCCAGGAAAGUGUGUUAGAACGUUUCCGAAAUUGUUCAGCAGUGAAGGACCAAAUUCCUCUUCUGGAAGAAAAGGUUGCCAGUGGGGGUCUAUCUCCAGGACUAGCAGCAGAUAUAUUGUUGAAAGCUUUUAAAAUCUGAGACUAAUUUAUGUGAUCCUUCAAUAUGUGAAAAUAUUCUAAUAUUAAAAUUCUCUCAUGAUAUUUUAUAAUUUGUCAUUUAUUUUAUGGCCAAAUUUGAUCCCCAUAUUUAAGACUCACACUUGGUAAACUUAAAUAUGGUUAUCCAUGGUAAAGAUGAGGCAAUUUCACAACACUUAAGAAGUUCCUACCAUACAUUACUAACUAUAUUCUUUUUCUGUUCUUGGCACACAGAAGUGGGACUCGCUGAGCUCUUGCCCAUGAGUGCAGAGGCGAUGCAGGAUUGGCUUCUGUCCUUAGUCAGGAACAAAGGAAACUGAGGGAGGCAAAAAGGAGAUGCUGUCCCAGAAAUACUUUCUUUCAUUCUAGGUAAAACAUUCAGUAGUGACCACAUUUGAGAAGUUGUGUUUGGGGGGCAGUUAGGUGGCACAGUGGAUAAAGCACUGGCCCUGGAUUUAGGAGGACCUGAGUUCAAAUCCAACUUCAGACACUUGACACUUAUUAGCUGUGUGACCCUGGGCAAGUCACUUAACCCUCAUUGCCUGGCCCCUCUUCCUUCCACCCAAAAAAUUCUGUUUGGUGCUAAUAAUAACAUAGUCAUUUUUGAAAACCUUAAAAAUAUGAUUGACAUUUUUUUGAGGAUCAGAUUCAUUGAGGAAUUUUUGAAAUGAUUACAUAUUGUGUAUAGUAGCUAAAGACUUGGGGAAAAAAUGUGAUGGCUAAAUUAUAGGGUAUUUGCUCAGAUUUGAAUACCAAUCUCAAAAGAGAACCAUACCAAAGACUAGGAAAUCCAUGGUAACCUAUAUGGGCCAGGUAAUCUACCGGUUCCAAUUAAUCUCCCAAAGGACAGCAUGGGUACUCCCCCAAAUUCUAGCUAAUCCUUAAUUUCUUAAGGAUUAAUUACUCAAUUUAUGACAAUUUAAAUUUUAUUCCUUCAUUCUCCCACUUGCCUUUUAGUUCUUUGCUACUUGGGUUAGAAGCUUAAAACAUUUUAUGAUGUAUAGACUUCGUAGAAAAAAUUUCAUUUCUUUUUUUGUAUUAAAGAUAAUAGCAUUUUAAGUUUAGUUUUGAGAUUUUAAACCUUUUAAGUUAUUAAAGCCAAAUGGCCUUGUUUUCUUUCCUGUGUUUCCAUUUCUUUCCCACUGUCUUAUUAUUGCUGUAAUGCUCUUCUUAUAAUUGAUAGGAAUUUGAUGGUGGUUUUUAAGUCCUUUCUAUGGUGAAUUCUUUGCAAUGAUACAGGCCUAGUGAUGAUUUAUCAGCUGAGCUCCAGCUUAGUUAAGUCUGUAGAAGCUCAUCAGCAGAGGUUUAGCCACCAGGUGAUGAAAUGCAUUAGACCAUAACAUUAUGGGAUGCAUUAGUAGAGGGGAUGUUCACACAAAUGAAAACAUGAAUCCUGCAAGUAGUGAAGUUAGUGUGUUGAACUUUCCAGUCUAAUGACAGUUUUUUGCCUUGUGGCACAACCCGCCAUAAUUUGAUUUUAUGGAAGACAGAGGAAAUGAUGGGUAGUCCAAGAACAAUCAGAAGUAGCAUUUAGCCUAAUUUUCCCCCCUUUCCACCAAUGAAUUCUGGUUAGUUAAUUAUUAGAAUUCAUGGACUCAUUUUUUUCCACUUGAAACAUAUACUUAUAGUAGAUAAUAGUGAGGCAUCCCCCUUCCCCAAAGUAUUUGUAAUUACUGUGCUAACCACAAUUGUACCUUAAAUAGUGCAUAUUUACCAUUAGUGUUUCAAGUACCAUGUUUGAUAACAAAAUAUUAUAGUGAUAAAAUAUUAUAGUGGUAAAUGAAUGACUAUUUUAUCUAAAGUUUUCUCUAGAGAAAAAAAAGUUUCAGUUUGAGCUACUUUAAUUCAUGAAGAUUUAGGCAAUAUGAAUUUUCUAAAGUGAGCCAUAGGACAUAUAAAGUUUCUUGUAAGAGUGUAUGAGACUUAGAUAAGCAUUUGGUUUAUGUGAGGUCAAGGGACAUUUUUUAGGAUGCUCAUGUUUGAAUUGGUGGUGAUUUUUUUAAAGGUAAUGAGAAUUGUGUGACUGCACAAUUCUAAAGGGCACUUAAUCUCAAGUUACAAAAGAUAGUAAGUAGAGACUCUUAGAAGGUAAAUUCUGUAUGUUGUAUACAUGACUUUAAUGCCUUGAAGUUGAAAGUAUUUUACAAACCUUAUUUCAUUCUUUCCAAAAGAUAGUUUGAUAGAGAAUGUUAUCCUUAAUUUAAAGUUGGAGAAUCUAGGUACAGAGAGAAUAAAUGAGUUUUUCAGAGGAGAUUAUUAGUAGAGUACCUGUUUAAUUCAGUUGAGACAUCCAUGCCAGUCUUUUAACUCUUAAGAGUCUAUCCUUUUUAUAUCCUCUGCAAAUAAAUUACACUUCACUCUUUGGAAAGGGUUUCCACAAUCUGGUUUUCCUUUGUUUUUGAAUUUCUGGUAAGUUUUUUAUUUAGUUUUUUAUCUAUUUAGAAAUGUCUCAAUAUAUCAUUAACUACAGAAAUAUAAAUAUAAAUAAAUAUAACAAUAUUACAUUAAACCCAUAUUCAGCUAGGUGGCACAGUGGAUUGAGUGC